AUGCUGCUGCUGCUGCUGCAGCUGCUGCUGCUGCUGCUUGUUGCGGCACAGCAGCAGCAGCAGCAGGUCUUCGCGUUUGUAAUACCAGGAAGACAGCAGCAGCAGCAGCAGCAGCAGCUGCAGCAGCUGCUGCUGCCAAUAUGCAGGGGGCAAACUUGUGGGGCCCCUAGGGGCCCCUCGGGGGGCCCCUGGGGGGCCCCCCUUACUUCUUUUUGCUGCUGCAGUGCAGCACCUAGGACAAGAGCAGCAGCUGCUGCUUCAGGGCAGCAGCAGAAGCAGCUGCUGCAGUCGCAACUGCUGCAGCCUCAGCAGCAGAAACAGCUGCAACAGCAGCAGCAGCAGCAGCAGCAGCUGCAACAGCCGCAGCAGCAACUGCUGCAGCAGAAGCCUCAGCCGCAGCUGCAGCAGCUACAACAGGAGAAGCAGCAACAACAACAGCUCCAGCAGCAGCAGCAGCAGCAUCAGCAGCAGCAGCAGCAGCAGCAGCAGCAGCAGCAGCAACAGCAGCAGCAGCAACAGCAGCAGCAGCAACAGCAGCGUUCGUAUACUGGAAAAGAUAUAAAAGUUUUGGAGGGUUUGGAAGCUGUUCGACUCCGUCCAGGUGCAGCAAAUUGA